AAACACACUCACGCACUCCUCAUUGAGUCGUUUCUUUGGAAUCUCCCAAACUAUACAUACACACCUUCAUUGCUUUGCCGAAAGCUCCUCUCAUUGAGUGAGUAAUGGCGACGCUUUCAUCUUUAUCGGAGAAGGGAGAUGAUAACGGAAAACCACCGCAGCAGGCAGUGGCACAGAAGGCGAAGAAGGAAGGAUUAGGGUGGAUUGAGUGGCUGAUGGGCUGGUUCUACCUCGCCUACGAGAUGCUGUUUCAGAGAAUCAUCGCCAGCAACGUUCCGAAUCCAAUGCUCCUGCCGCCGAUUAAUGAUCUCACUUUCAUCGUCACCGGCUCCACCUCCGGCAUCGGCAAGGAAAUCGCAAGGCAAUUGGCAGAAGCAGGGGGGCAUGUUGUGAUGGCAGUAAGAAAUACAAAGGCUGCUAAUGAUCUGAUAAAGAAGUGGCAGGAGAAUUGGUCCGGGAAGGGUCUUCCUCUUAAUAUCGAGGUUAUGGAACUCGAUCUUCUCUCUCUGGAGUCUGUCGCGAGAUUUGCUGAAGCUUGGAAUGCACGUUCGGGACGUUUACAUGCUCUCAUCAAUAAUGCUGGGAUAUUUUCAAUUGGAGAACCCCAAAAAUUUUCAAGGGAUGGCUAUGAAGAACAUAUGCAAGUGAACCAUCUAGCCCCAGCACUGCUAUCAGUAUUGCUUUUGCCCUCACUUAUUAGAAGCUCGCCCAGCCGCAUUGUCAAUGUGAAUUCUGUUAUGCAUAACUUAGGAUUUGUUGAUCCAGAAGACAUGAAUGUUACAUCUGGUAAACGAAAAUUUACAAGUAUGGUUGGGUAUUCGAGCAGUAAGCUAGCACAGAUCAUGUUCAGCAGUGUCCUUAACAAGAAACUGCCAACUGAAGCAGGCAUAAAUAUAGCAUGUGUUUCACCAGGAAUAGUCCACACAAAUGUUGCUAGGGAUCUCCCGAAGAUUGUUCAAGCUGGUUACCAAUUAAUUCCAUAUUUUAUCUUCAGCCCUGAAGAAGGAUCUAGAAGCACUCUUUUCGCAGCCACUGAUCCCCAACUUGCGGACUACACGGAAUCACUGAAAUCAGAGGAUUGGCCUGUCUGUGCUUUCAUCAAUCACGACUGCCGACCUGCAAACCCUUCGGAGGAAGCACACAACGUUGAAACUGCAUCUAGAGUGUGGGAGAAGACACUGGAACUAAUUGGCCUACCAUCAGAUGCAGUAGAGAGGCUUAUUGAAGGGGAAGAAGUUAAAUGCAGAUACUGGGCUUCUGAGUAGAAAGUCUAUCAAGAUUCAACUUUUGCCAUAUCAUUCACCAUAGAUGACACGUUAGCUGUUGCUGAAUUAAAAGAAGGGAUUUAUCUUGCUAUAUCUGGGCUGCCAUAUUGGAUGUAUGUGUAUGUUAACAAUUUAGCAGAAUGUGUUGAAUGAUUUUGUUGUGCGACCAAUUCUUCUAGAAUUUGCAGAGUUUUUAUGUUCAAGUUGAAAGACUUGACAUUUUUCAUGUGUUGAGAAUCUUGAGAUAGUUGACCCAAAGAUUGAUUUGUUUCUUA